UUUGAUGAGUACGACGUGGAUGCACGUGGGGCCAAGCGUUUCUUUCCUCUCUGCCCGAUACGAUACCUCCUCUGCGAGGCUGCUGAUCUUUAUACCGCCGGCAGCUGGCCGCGCCCGCAGUCUACCGUACGGCAAAUCGCGUUGACUUGGUCAAUCCCGGAUUCAAUGUGGCCGGGCCGGGGUAGAUCGCGUGGAGAUCUAUAGUAGAGGACUUCACAGGCGCUCCUCCUUCGUUGGUCAUUAGCGGCCAAACGCUGAGCACAUCUUUCAUGGCUGCUAGGUCAAUCUGUUCCGAGCGCGUUGUGCAGAACGAUCGUCGCAGGAGUUUUUCGCUUAGUUCCCACUGUGCAGCGAACACGCAAUUCUCGUCCCAGUCGUUACAAUUCCAUCGCAUAUUCCAUAAAUCCUUCUUAGUCGUCUUGAUUUCUCCGCUCCAUUACAUAGGCGUCGCAGCUACGAAGGGCAGAAUCACCAGC